CAAAAGAAGAGAAGACCAUCAAAAACCAUCGGUUGACUUAGGAGGACUUUGAUUAUGCCGAAAUCGAAGCUGGUUAUAGGCCCUACUUUAUUGAUCAUGGGAGAAAGGACGUCUUCAAAGCAGCGAUCGGGCUGAACGUUGAAAAGCACCAAUUGCGAAGAUGUUCUACCACAGAGUACUAUCACAUGACUGGUAGCACCAGGUCCUCUGCAAAGCUAGAGAAGAAGAAAGCGGGUAAAAUCAAGGGCAUCGAAAGCAAUAUGCCAACUGCCGAGACAGGCUCCAGUGCCCAAUAUCGCUGUUAUGCAGCAUACAUCCUACAGCACUUGGAAGAUUUGUUUUCUUUCUACCGUGAUGACACUGCCAAAGAUCGAUUUCAUUUGUACCAAGGACGGAAACGUGCUGUAGACAAAAUGGUAAAUAUGCUUAUCAAUGCCAGUACAAAGUAUAAUCUGGAUCUCAGAUUGAAGAAGAGAGAAGAGAGAAGAGAGAAGAACAAAACAAGGUCUCAAAGAAGAAGAAUAAUGGCAGGAUGGCUUUAA